GUACUUACAUAUUUCCAACUUCACCAACCUACACCUUAACAAGACCUAACUUGUCUAAUGAAUAAUACCGUCGUUAACCCUCGAUCCGUAGAACCAAAUUGUAUUCUCUGUUACGUAGCCAUACAACCCUCCUUCACCCUACAAAAUAUCUACUUGUUCCUUACAUAGUAAUACGAGCAUAAAACCCGUUCACGUGCUCGACUAGAAGUCUGUACCUCAACCUACAUAGUGAGUGACCAACAGAGGAGUUAGAACAGGGGCAUAUAGAAAAGAAUAAUCUACAACCAUGUCCCGCAAAGGCGUCGGCCUCGCCGCCUUCGACCGCUCCCGCCUAACAUCAGCACAAUUCGCCUCCCACGGGAACUCCUUACGAUCGCACGACGCGCAGGCUCUCGAAACGCAGCUCUCCGUCUUCCGUUCCCUCCUGCAACAGUUCGCCCAGACCCACGCCAAGGACAUCCGGUCGGACCCGUCUUUCCGGGCGCAAUUCGCGCGCAUGUGCGCCGCCAUCGGCGUGGACCCGCUGGCCUCGUCUUCGCACGGCAGCAGCAGCACCACCGGGCCGUCCAGCCUGUGGGCGCAGCUCCUAGGGCGCAGCGUCAACGAUUUCUACUUCGAGCUCGCGGUGCGCGUGGUCGAGGUGUGCGGGGCUACGCGCGGCGAGAACGGCGGGCUGAUCGGCGUGCGCGAGCUGCGGGAGCGGUUGUCCCGCGGGCGCAUGGAGGGCGCGCCCGAAAUCGCCGACGACGAUGUGCUCCGCGCCGUGGGCACCCUGAAGCCGCUUGGCUCGAGCUACUCCGUCGUGCGCGUCGGCAGCAAGCCGUAUAUCCGCUCGGUGCCCAAGGAGCUGAACACGGACCAGAGCGCCGUGCUCGAGGCCGCGCAGGUGCUCGGGUAUGUGAGCGUUUCGAUGCUCAUGGUUAAUCUGCGCUGGGCGAGGGCGCGCGCGCAGACGGCGGUGGAUGAUCUCCUGGGCGAGGGCAUGCUCUGGGUUGAUAAGCAAGCUCCUGAGUGGGAGUAUUGGAGCCCAGGGUUCAUGCUGGAUGCUGAUGGUGGAGUUGCGGUUGGGGGAUGAAAUGAUAUCUAUAGGACUAACUUUGCUGGCUUGAAUGCUGAUAUAUCAAUGCAUGAGGCAUAGAUGGUAGACUAUACGUCUUCACGAACUUGGUCAUCUUAGCUGUACCGCCUCCCCUUAGGCCCUAGUUCUACGAGGCACUCUCGAUAUUGGGGGGGGGAAUCACCGAGAUAAUUGGUUUUUAAAUCAAGAAGACAGAGUCGAUCUUUCAUCGCAUUAUAUGGCCAUAUCUGGUCGUAUGAGCACAAGCUAGACUAUUAGGGGUUUUAUUAUUCGCAGCUUAAGGCUACAUAAUAUUGACGCAGUCCCCUAUUACGCAUAAUAACAGUAGUGCUGUGGGGACAUGGAGAUAUUAGUAUAGCAGCACAUCAUGAUGAUCUUUCGAUAGAAAUGUGGUCGCUAAAAUUAUUCUGGGAGGUAGAUAUCUAAAAUGUUAAGAUAAACAUCCCAAUGAU